AUGGCUGCCCUCCGCCCUCCCUUCACACUGAAGACCGCGCAUGAAAAGGUCAAAUUCGCCCAAAAUAUGUGGAACUCCUGCAACCCAGUUCAAGUCUCUCACGGGUACACGAGUGAAUGCAUUUGGCGGAACCGCGCUUCCUUCAUCCGUGGCACCGCCCAGAUCGUCGACUUGCUCACCAAGAAGUGGGACAAAGAAAAGUCUUACCGCCUCCGAAAGGAGUUGUUUGCCUUCACGGAUGAUAAGAUCGCCGUCCAGUUCUGGUAUGAGUACCAGGAUAAAUAUGAUGGUAUGAAGUGGAAGAGGUGCUAUGGACUAGAGGACUGGACCUUCGACCGGGAAAGUGGCAAGAUGAGAAAGAGACAUAUGAGUGGCAAUGAUAUCUUACUGGGAAAGGACGGGGAUGGCGUUGCAGUACCGGAAGAAGGGAUCGAAGGGAGGUGGUUCGUUGAUGGCGUGGACGUCGACGAUGACAGUGUCACAGCGAAGAUCACAGAGGCUCACUGGUGA